AUGACUUCUUUGUUCGACGAUGUGCCCACGCACUCUGUGGCCGUCUCACAGACCAUUAUCAAUGAUCCCCAAAACCGGCAUCUUAAGAUCAUAUCCCUUGGUGCAGGUGUCAUGGGGAUCAUAAUGGCAUACAACCUCCAGAUGCACUGCGAGAACGUCGACCUUACUAUCUACGAGAAGAACGCGGAUAUUGGUGGCACAUGGUACGAGAGUCGGUACCCAGGCUGUGCCUGUGACGUACCGAGCCACUCGUAUACUUUCCAAUUCGCGCCGAACCCAGACUGGCCCAGAUACCUGUCGAAGCGAGAGGACAUCUGGAGCUACCUAGACCGCGUAUGCAACGUCUUUGACCUUCGCAAACGCUUGAAGCUUAAGACGGCUAUCACUGAAGCACGGUGGGACGAGGACUGCUCCCAAUGGCACAUCACUGCCAUUCGCACAGCACCGGAUGGCACAAAGGAGGAAGUCCACGACACUUGCGACGUGUUCGUCUGCGUCUCGGGGGUCUUGAAUAAUUGGAAGUGGCCCGAAAUCGAGGGCUUGGAUACGUUCAAGGGCAAGGUGAUCCACACUGCCGACUGGGACCAGGAUUACACCGCGGAAAAGUGGAAGGGAAAAAAUGUCCUGGUUAUUGGUUCGGGGCCGUCGUCUCUCCAGGUCGUGCCCAACAUGCAGCCACAUGUUAACCACAUGGACAUUUUUGUCAGGACGGGCGUUUGGUUUGCUCCCCUGUCGGAAGGAUUCGAAGAGUCCCAAGUCUACACGGAGGAAGGAAAGGCUCAGUUCCGCGACGAACCGCAGAGGCUGAUCGGCUACAUCAAGUCGAUCGAGAGCCAGCUCAACAGGAUGUGGCCUGUUCUUCUCAAGGACACUGAGGCGCAGAAGAUGACCCAUACCGUGAUCCACGCGCGGAUGGCCGAGCUGAUCAAGGACCCUUAUCUCAUCCAAGGCUUCACACCCAAGUUCUCGAUCGGCCGCUGCCGCGUCACCCCCGGCGAGAACUACCUCAAGUCCAUUCAGCAGCCCAACGUCAACAUGCACUUCACCGGCGUCGACCGCGUGAACCCGACGGGCGUGGUCGGCGCCGACGGCGUCCACCGAGAGGGCGACACGCUCAUCUGCGCCACCGUCUUCGACGACUCGUUCCGCCCACGCUUCCCCAUCGUCGGGCGCAACGGCGUCGACCUGCGCGCCGCCUGGGCCGACGGAGACUGCACAUCCUACCUGGGCCUGACCGUGCCCGACGUGCCCAACCUGGUGAUGCUGCCGGGGCCCCCCUUGCGCGUGCAGAACGGCUCGCCCUUCGCCGCCUUGCACGCCGUGGGCGCCUUCGUGCUGCGCGUCAUCGAGAAGCUGCAGGCCGACAACAUCCGCAGCUUCGCGCCCAGGAGGGAGGUCGCGCGGGCCUUCAUGCGGCACUGCGACAAGUUCCACGAGGCCUCCGUCUUCUCGGACGGGUGCCGCUCGUGGUACAAGAACAACGUGACGGGCAGGGUCACCGCCGUGUGGCCCGGGAGCGCGGUGCACUACGCCGAGGCGCUGAGGACGCCGCGGUGGGAGCACAACCAUCUUGACUACCGGAACCCGACCAACAUGUUUGCGUGGUUGGGGAACGGGUCUGUCAAGGAGCUCACGGACCCGGCGCUGGACCCGGCGCUGGAUCCGGCGCUGGAUCCGGCUUAUUACGUCAAGGUCGAGAAUAUUGACCCCUUGUGGACCGAGGAAAUUCAGAAGACGAGGCGGAACGGUGCGCAGAAUGGUGGGAAGUUGGCUGAGACUAAUAUGGAGAAUGGAAAUGGGAGCAUGCAAGUGUAG